CCUGUAAUUUGUAGAGCCGGAUGUUCUUGCCACUUGUGACCAGUCAGCGGCGGCGCCCACCGCUUAGCGCCUGCGUGGACUGCGGCUGUCCAUCACGAUGACAGCGACCGCCGCGAGCCCUGGAUCUUGGAGUGAAAAUAUACUAGAAUAUUUUCUGAGAAAUAACCAGAUCACAGCAGAAGAUGGCGCCCAGAUCAUCUGGUAUCAUGCAGCUAACCACAAGGUACAAGUGAAUGAGGCACUGAAAAGUACUGCUCAUAUGAUAGAGGCUGAUGUCAUUCUUCCAAGUGAUGGAUCAGAACAUGGCCAGCCAAUCAUGGCCCAUCCUCCUGAAACAAACAGCGAUAAUACUUUACAGGAAUGGCUGGCUGAAGUUAUAAAAAGCAAUAAAGGCAUCAAGCUGGAUUUCAAGAGUCUAGCAGCUGUAGAACCAUCCAUGAUGCUCUUGGAAAAUGUGAAGAGGCAUCUGAAGCGUCCUGUGUGGAUUAAUGCAGAUAUUCUUCCUGGUCCAAAUGGUAAUAGCAGAGUAGUGGAUGCAAAACCUUUUAUAGACACUGUGACAUCCUUCUUUCCAGAUGUGACAUUUUCCCUGGGUUGGACAACAGGUUGGCAUCCUGAAAAAGUCAAUGAAGGUUACAGUUGGGCAAUGGUGAAAGAGAUGGAAUAUAUAUGUAAUGAACUAAAUCAGCCUGUAACAUUUCCUGUCAGAGCAGCAUUAGUCAGGCAGUCGUGUUUUCAGUUACUUUGGCUGCUAAAGCAAUCAAACAGGUACAGCCUGACUGUGUGGACUGGAAAAGAUGAUAACUAUUCCACUGAAGAUUUACUUUUUAUUAGAGACCAUUUUGACAAGAAACAAGUUUUCUAUGAUAUCUUGGAGCCACAAAACCAUGAAUUUAAACAAGCCAUUGGAAUCAAAAUUAAUCUCUAAGAUGAAAAUUCUUCUAAACUAUUUCAUGUUUUGGUUUCACAAUCCUUCUUUGCUUUGGUCUGAAUUAAUUAACAUAUAAAUUGUGGUGACUGAUUUAUGUUCCAGUUCAUCCAAUCAAAGAACAUUUAUCAGGUGCUUACUCUAUUCGGCGUACUGUACAAAAGAUUUGGAAAGAAGAGAUUUCAGUGGGCCUAGUCUAAUAAUAACUUAUGAAAAUGAUGCUUUAAGUCUUUUUAUAAAAAUAAUUGUGAUAUACUGUAAUUGAAAUACUCCAUGUGUCAGACAAGUAUUAAGUCACAUUUUGUUGGCAGUAGCAUUACAGAUAUUUCACAAAAAUGCAGCAUCCUCUUCCCUUUUUCCUUGGAGAACAGGUUAUUUCAGAGACUACAAAAGAGUAAGUAAAAAGGCUUUUACAUUUUUUUUAACUUUCACAUGGGUGAGCUGCUUUCUUGUAGGAAAAUCAAAUCCAUAUAUAGAUUAAAUUAGAUGGAUCUAGAAUUUCUAUAUUGUUGGGAGUGUGCUGGCAGCUAUAAAUGUUUUUAUAUUCCUUGUUUUGAUCAUAGUAUCUUAUCUAGAAUGAGCAAGCUGUUGGAGAGCAGAAAUUUUAAUCUGGGUAAUAUUUGAUUUUCAAGUUUCUCACCAACUCUACCUUGGUUCAGGCCCUUGUUCUACUACUAGAAUUUCAAAAAAUAGUUCUUCAUGACUUUAUUUCUCACACUCAAAGAUGCCGUGAGUAUUUCUGCUGAAAAAUAACCUUUGUAAACAAAAAAGUUCUUUCUUUAUGCCACAUAAAAAGAUCUCCCGGGGCUUAAGUUCAGGUUUAUUGAAUUUUACUCUUUCAAGAUCCUUUGUAAUGCACUCCCACUCUAAGAGUCAACUCAGUGUCCUCAACACAGUCCUUCAUUUCAAAAAUGCCUACACCAUCAGUGGUCUCCAGAUAAUACUUUAACAGUUAAUUUUAAGAAGUAUUAUUUACUAAUUGUGUCAUACGUGUUAGCUAUAUCUCCUCAACUGGAUUCUAAAGUUCUUCCUUCAUGGUAAGGGAACAUUUUAAACUGUCUUUUAUAGUGCCUGGCACAGUCCUAAGCAAGGUAUUCAGAAAAACAUUUUGCUUCUUUGAUUUACUGAAAAGUAAUUUACCAAUGGAUGUCCUAAGAUAUGUAAUUUACACUUAGCUGUUUUCUCCCAGAGAAUGAAGUAGUGCUAUGUAGAGAAAAGAGCUUGGGUUUUGAAUUCAGACAGACUUCCCUUACAGCCCCACCUUUGUUCCUUACUAGCCAUAGAUUUGGGGAAUUAUUUAACCUCACUGAGUCUUGGUUUCUUUAAUAAAACAGGGGAGGGGGAAAUGAGGAUUCUCUUGUAGGAUUGUUGUGAAAAUUAAGGGAGACUCAUGCAAUGGAAGCAUGUAGCUCAGUGCUCAUCACAUAGCAAGUGCUUAACAGAUAGUUCCCUUCUUUUAGACUUAUCAUGUGAUCAUAUCCAUGGUGGAUAGAUAGCAGUAAGAGAUGUAACUUGAAACUCUGUAGACAUAUAAAUACUUAAAGAAAAUAAUUGUAUUUCCACUUUAAAUUUUAGCUACAACUGAAUACAGUACUAUUUGUCAAAUAACACAUAAAACUUAAGUUCAGUGGUUGUCUUAAACAAAAGUACUUGUGGUAAACUGAACCAGCCAUUUUUUCAUGGAAAAAAUAUUUACUUGGAAGAAUAACUGACAGACCAGUUACUUAGUCUUGGGUAUCUGGCAUAUAUUUUCUCAAAAAUGAACAAAAGCAAGCUUGUCACUUCAAGGAAGACAAUUAACAGUAUUUGUUGCUAAUGAUGAAACCUGAGCUUUUACAUGAAAAAUCAGAAUUUGACUUAACUUGAACUCAUCCAACUGUAAGCUUGACAGUUCCCAAUACUUAAAGACUUAUCUGAUAUCAGUGGUAAUAUUUUAAAAAAUGUUUUUUUAUGUUAUAUAAUGAAACAUGUCAACACUUGGAAGAUCUACAUAACUCGGGGAAUCAGUAUUUUCCAAAUGUCUUAUGCAUGGUAUUAUAAAAUCUUGCAUUCAGAGUGUAAGACAGAGCAAUGAGAUUUAGUGUAAUAGAAUAUCGAAGUUCCUUGAUGUGGUCUCAGAUUAUACGUUACAACUAACCAUUUAAGAAACUACCACUUGCCAAAUUUGACUAUCGUAUCAAGGAAGACUGUCCACAAUUAUCUGAAAAGCCUAUUAAAUUAUUUCUUCCUUUCCCCACUACAUAUCUGUGUGAAGCCAUAUUUUCUUUAUAUACUUCAACUAAAACAACGUAUCACAGCAGAUUGAAGCAGAAACACAGAAGAGACCACAGCUGUUUUCUACUAAGCCAAACAUGAAAAGAUUUGCAAAAACAUAAAAACAGUGCCACUCUUCUCAAUAUAUUUUUGGGAAAUAUUUAUGCUACUAUGUAAUGGGUUUGUCAUUUUAAAAGAAUAUUUUUUAAAUCUCCCAGUUUUAAUUUUUAAUGUAGUAAACAUUGAUACACAUAACCCAGUACAAAAGUGUAUUUAAGUUGUUUUUAAGUUAAAAGGGAUGUAUCAAAUGAAUGAUCCAUUUGGAACUUUGUAGGGGAAAAGAAUAAUUACAGCCAUUGUCUUGCCAAUUUAUCAAAUAAUGUUUUCUAGCUUUUCAUAAUUCCUUAUCCUGAAUCCUAGGUGCCAAAGCUGCCCUAUGAGUUGGAACUUUAUGUGCAUGAGCCAUGCAGUCCUUUAAUAACUUAUUUCUGGACGAUGUUAUCCAUUUUGAUCAACUGAUACUGCUUUAAGUAGUCUUGGUCAGAAACAUUUUGGGUGCAGUAACAGAAUCCUACUCAAAUUAACGCAAAUAGAGGAGGCUAGGGAGGAAGUUACCAUAAGGAGACAUAUCCAGAAAACUUAGGGGAAAGCUGAACAUCUAGGCUGCAGUGUUAUCAUACCUUUAAGUUAAAGUUAAAUCAUACUUUGAGGUUAUAUGUAACUCCUGUUGCAACCAUCUCUGAUUGCCGUUGGGAUCUUAGUGAUACAUUCCACUUAAUGGAGUGAAGUUCCACAGGAUGGCUUUACUAACCAAACUCAAACAACCUCUGCUCCUAAGAUGUUCUCAGGAUUGUUAGAAGACUAAGCUCUUCCAAAUAUGGCCAACAAAGUUUUAAUCCUAUUAAAUAUUUUUUUUCAUGUUGGGAUAAGAAUAGCAACAAAAGUUAUCUUUCUUAGUUUUUAUCUUCUCAGAGUAACAUGUGGCACAAUUUCUCUUAAGGUUAUGUUGAAAUAUUUAUCAUUAGUAUUUGAGAUAAGUAAAUAUCAGUGAUAAUCAAAAUGACAUUUAAGUCUUUAUUGAUACCAUUUUAUUUAUGAACUGUCUAGCUACAUAUUCUUCCAAACUGUAGCCUUACAACUUAAAGCCAAGAACUUUCCUCAAUAUUAAAACUUGCAAAAAGGGUUUAACUUUUUAACAUCAGGUACAAUUCCAAGUUCUGAGUCAAAAAAUACUUCUAGUGCAAUUAGUAUUAGUGUUCUUUGAAACAUUAAAUGAAAAACUUCCAGUUAUUUUUUUCAAAUAAAAGCCACAAGAAAUUAAAUAAUUACUAUGUAUAUAACAACUUGCUUAUAUCAAGUUACAGAGAAAAGCAUCAUGCCAAUUGCUAGGAUCUCCUCUACUGAUAGAAGACAGAGAAAUAGUUGUGUAUGACAGUCAUCAAAUUAUAUACUCAGGUUUUGUAUAGUUUGUAUGGUUUUCUGUAGUUUGAUUUAUCUUUAUUGUUAAACUGCUAGAUUGAAAUAAGGACUCUGUAUAAACACCAUAUUUUGAAAUCAUAUAGAUAAUAUAGUCAUUUUAUAAUACUUUUUGGUAAUGGCACGGUAUUCAUUUAUUUUGUUACAAGUUAUUCACAGGUCCUAAACACUAGACGAUUGGAAUGUCACAUUAAGGUAGUUAUCCUUAUUACCCUAAUUAUACAAAUGUCUAACAAUUAUAUAUCAGAAAUAAAAAGGUAUUGUGUAAUAUUGGCCAAAUAUUUAGUACAUUUUGUAAUUAAAUUUCUAUUGGCUUUCUUAAUUGUAGCUAACCUAAGAUAAUCUAAUAACCAGUUUUUCUUUUUACGACAAAGCAAGCAGUUAAUUUCUAUUUGUGAUUAAUCCCAAACUUUUUUUUUUUUUUUUUGGUGUCCUUAGGAAAGACAAGAAUAGUUAGAUAUAAGUAAAUUAGGAAUGCUUUUUAACUUUUGAUUUAUCUUGUUAUUGGGAACCUGUGUUCAAAAAACAAUAACAGGAAUUAAAAGAUAUAGAGAAGUAAUUCCAUAAGAUAACAUUAAAAAACAAAGCAAAGCAACUAAUAGCACACAAACAUUUGUCAUAGAUUAUUACUAGUUUAUAAAACUCUAAUCUCCCAUUUUGACACUGAUUAAGCUGACAACAUGAAUAUUAGCUGCAUGGUCUACUAUAAUGGUUGACCUUUUAAAAUUUUAAUUAGAUGUCACCUACCUGCAGUCAACAUUUUUCAAGAAUUAGUUCAUUCUUUCUUUAUAGCUUAGGUUUAUUGAUCACGGGACACUAUAGCUGUUAAUGUUUUCUUCUAUGGGGUUGGCAUCGUGGAAAGUUAUAAUCUUAUUUAUUGACUUGAAAUGUUUUUUAAAAACUAUUGAUUUGAAUGCAAUGUUUCCUAAUAAAACAUUUGGCAAAUGAAA